GGAUUGGUUGAUUUCAGGAUUGCAAUGGACAACGAAAUCCCCGAGAAGUUCCUGGGCUCGUUCAAGCUCGAUCGCAGCGAAAAUUUUGAUGAAUUUCUGGCCGCAAAAGGUGUGAAUUGGCUGCUGCGUAAGAUGAUCUCGUUCGCCUCGGUCACCAAAGUGUUCUCGCGUGCCGAAGCAGGCCGCUACGACCUGAUCAAUCUGUCGUCAAAAAAGAACACGUCUUACAGGAACUGGAGGCUCAACGAGCAGUUCCAGUCCGAAGGUUUCGAUGGCAAAAUGCACAACGUACGCUUUCUCGUCUGUCUUCGUGUUGAUUGUUUCGUAUUGACAACUUCACUUGUCAGCAAUAAAGAAAAUGCGCUAUUUUUGCAGAUUAGAUUCGAAUAUGACCCAACAACAGAGAGUUUGAAAGAAACGCACGUUCGAAUGAAUGAACCAAACGAUCAGCCGGAGACGUACACAUAUACGGUUGAUGGUGACACCCUUGUUUUGGUGAGGAUUUCCGGCACUGACCGGCGAUUGUGUGGCUGA